GGGCCGGCCCGUCCCGUCCGCGAAACGCCCCCGAGGCCGGCCCGGCCCGCCUGCCCGCCAGCGCACCCGCGGCAGGAGGGACCGCCCGGGCUCCUUGCCGGAGGCCGAGGGCGGCCGCGGGCGGGUGAGGGGCCGGCGAGAUGGAGGGGGAGGGCGGCCGUGAGGGGCCGGGGGGGGCCCAGCCAGCCGGCCCCCCCGGGCCCGCGCCCCCCACGGGAGACAGCGGGAGCCCCACGGGCGAGCCCCCCAGCUGCGCCAGCCGCUUCCCCCUGCACGCCCUGGUCUGGCACAACGACUCCCGGCGGCUGGCAGAGGCGCUGGAGAGCCAGAUUUCUAAGGCUAGUAGUGAAAGACCUGCGUAAGCAGGAUGUCGAGCAGCGGGAUCCUCGUGGCCGGACCGCAUUGCAUCUUGCCGUUUCUCUGGGAUACAUCGAGUCUGCCAGCGUCCUGCUGCGGCACAAGGCAGACGUCACCAAAGAGAACACUUCAGGAUGGACAGUCUUGCACGAGGCGGUAAGCACCGGGGACCCUGAGAUGGUUCAUAUGAUCCUUCAGCAUCGGGAUUAUCGUCAAACAUCCACAACCCUUGGGGGGGUUCCGGAAUUGCUCCAGAAAAUUAAUGAGACUCCCGACUUUUAUGUGGAAAUGAAGUGGGAAUUCACCAGUUGGGUUCCGCUGGUUUCCCGAGUUUGCCCCAGUGACGUCUGCCGCAUCUGGAAGAGUGGAGCAAAGCUGCGAGUGGAUAUCACCUUGCUUCGAUUUGAAAACAUGAGCUGGGAACGAGGAAGACGCAGCCUGAUCUUCAGGGGCGAAGACACUGGGAACUGGGCAGAGCUGAUUGAGGUGAACCAUGACGAGAAGGUGGUUGCAACGGAGCGCUUUGAGAUCACACAGCAGAUCCAGCGCCUGACCCUGGACUCCAUGACCCCAAAGAGCAAGGAGGUGGAGAGGCGGCUGACCUCCCCCAUCAUCAGCACCUCCCUGGAUACCAGGAACAUUGCAUUUGAAAGAAAUACGUCUGGCUUCUGGGUCUGGAGAACAGAGAAGUCCGAAGAGGUUAACAAUUACGAAGCAAAGGUGUACACAGCAAACAAUGUGAACGUUGUGACCAAGAUCCGAACAGAACACUUGACUGAAGAGGAGAAGAGGAGAUACAAAGCUGACAGAAAUCCCUUAGAAUCCUUUUUGGGCACCAUUGAACAUGAGUACGGCGCACAGCAGGACCUCACGACAGAAUAUGCCACAACGAACAACCCAACGGCCAUCACUCCAGAGGAAUAUUUCAACCCAGACUUUGACCUCAAAGACAGGGACAUUGGGAGGCCCAAAGAAGUCACCGUGCGGACUCAGAAGUUUAAAGCGACCCUGUGGAUGUCGGAAGAAUUCCCCCUUUCUCUUGUGGAACAGGUCACUCCCAUCAUUGACCUGAUGGCCAGGACUAGCGCCCAUUUCGCUCGACUCAAGGACUUCAUCACCCUGGAAUUCCCUCCUGGAUUUCCGGUCAAAAUAGAAAUCCCCUUGUUCCACAUACUGAAUGCUCGGAUCACCUUUGGGAAUGUGAACAGUUGCAGCACAGCAGAAGAGGUAUUGCCCGAGACCCUCGAAGGAGCCCAGCGGCAGCCAGCCGCUGCCUUUGCUGUGGACCAGUCCGUCUUUGAGAUCCCCAAAUCCUACCGCAUUCAGGAUGACGGCAGAAAUGUGCGUGUGCAAGACGAAGACAACGAGAUCAUGCAGUUUGCCAUUCAGCAGAGCCUGUUGGAGUCCGGCCAGAACAGAGAGGCCUUGAGCGCCACCGCCAAUGGGGCAGCUUCCUACUCACAGGACCUCAACCUUCAGUAUCAAAGGGCCUUGCAAGAAAACUUCCAGGCAAAUGCCAGCCACGUUGUCCCUGUCGCCCCACUAAGAGAUUCCUCCAGUUUUGACCGGGACUUACAGCUGGCCAUGGAGCUUUCCGUCCGUGAGCAACAGGAGCUGAAGCGGCAGCAGGAGGAGGAAGAAGCUGAGCUGCAGCAAGCCCUCCAGCUCUCCCUUCUGGAGAACUAGGCGGCCCUGGUGCAAAGAUGGCGAGAGACAGUGAAGCAGCUCUCAACAGCCCUGAGAACGGCAGCGGCCCAGCAGCACCGAAUGGGAGCACUGGGAUUGCCCUCCGUGGGGCAGGCGAGCUGCCAGAGUCCUCCCUCAGAGCACCAUGCACCACUGCUGGUGCUCUUUCCGUGUGCUGCAAAGCCUGGACUGGAGGGGAAUCCCUGGCAUUGCCCUCACUUCUGUUACCCAAAUGCCUUUCGGAAAGACAGGUGUAGUCCCGCUGGAGAGCCUGAGUAAGAGGAGAGUCCUAGGAGAGUCGCCUCACCUCGACCAAAGCAAUCUCGCAGCUCUCCAGGUUUUCCCACGAAGCGUGAGGUGCUUCUCUGCUGGGGAUCAGGGCACUGCCUGCUCAGGACGUCUUUUCGUCCCCCUUUGAACCCGCCACUUCCUGCCAGUUGCCUUCCUCUCCUUAGCCAUUCCAAACCAGCCCAUUCUUGCUCUCCAAGGCGAGAAUCUCUGGCUCUAACAGGUGCUUUGUACAGCUUCCUUUUGGGAUCGUUUUUAAAGCCUCUUAAGGGAAACUUCCUCAGUGAUGAAUGCCUACAGCAAAAGGAGCGAGGAGGGCCACUGCCAUGCGGUUUCUAUCUGGGGGGGGUGCGGGGGAAUGUUCGUGUUGCCUUUUCCAAAUGCCCACAGCCAUGCGCCAUGCUCCCUCUCAGCAGAGCAUCUUUCACUUCCAUUUAAGAUGAGCAGAUAAACAACUGACUGCCACGAGGACUAGCCUCUUCAGACGUUCGUAUCGCCUUCAUUUCUGAGAGCUCUAGAUCUUACCGCUCUGUGUGGCAACAUAGAAGCUGUGUGCGUAUGCACGCCGAUGCCUCUCUCCUCCUGAAUUCUCUCCUCCCCUUCCCAAGUCACAGCUGAUGGGGUGGGGAUAGGGCCAAAGGCAAGGGGGGGGCUCCUUUCUCUCCCCAGCUCUUUCAGGAAGGGUGCAGAGAGGGAUAAUGGAACUGGGUAAAAUCACUGGGGGGGGGGUGGUCCUUAAGCCUGCACGUGGAGGGCAGGGGUUCUUUUUGCCUUCUAGUGCAGCCUCCAGUGCAGCUCUGCUAGAGAGCACUUCUCAUACCUGCUUUGCACUGCAAAUGCCAAAGCCUGUCUGCUUCUUAGCAGAGGCGGUAUUUCCUGCGCUUGAGCCUCAGCUUGGGCUAACCCCCACCCCCAAUUGCAGGUUUUUUUGCAGUAAACCUGCUGGCUGCAGGGAGGGGUUUUCCAGGCAACAGUAUCGUGCGCAAGAUGCUGAGGCUAUUCUGGCUGACCCUCUUCUGUUACUCUUCUGUCGUGUCCCGCACCCGGGGCCGGCCAGAGGCUGCCUCUCAGGGGCGUGUCCUCCCUGCUGCUGGGGAAGAUGGCAGCAGCAUCCAGGAGCGUGAGCCAGGAGGCAUUUGACACCGGCCUGGAGACAUCGUUCCCCUUGCAAAUAAAGAACGUUGCUCCUUG